CGGGAGUGAUCCUGAUAAUUGGAGACCAACGAAAAGAUUCGGAGAUCGCAAGCGACGGAACAAUCACAUAACCGGAUCCAGGUUCACGCCACAAUCAUGGGAUCUGUUUCGUGUCCGCGUCAGGCAAUACCACCAGAUGAUCAAAUUUCACCCAGCUUCGAGACCAACUCGCCCGGACAAGGCUACAAGUCCAAGCAGGACUUCUCAAGGAUUCUCGGGUGCGACAUGGUGACCGCAAAAGCCGAUUCACAAGGGUUGCACUUACGCCAAACCGAAGAGCUACGGUGUCAACCAACUGAGCCGUACCAUUGCCGGCAGUCAGUCGCUGAGGAACGCGUGAGUCGCCGGCUCAGCACCGGAAACUGCCCGGUCUUAUCUCGGCCAACAAGAGUAGCUGGGUCUGAGCAAGGGCUACCAGUAUUCCCAACUGUUGGAGGACGCGACAGGUCUGCUUAAGAGCCGUUACCUUCAAGUGGUCAGCUGCUCGGAAUCCGUGGAUCAGACAACACAGUAUGUUUAUAACUGGGUUUAUUGUUUUACUUAGUAGCAUAAUACGAGG